UCACCCUAAGUAGUUAUAAGUAGUUCAAUUUCUUCUUCUCUGAAUCAUCUCUCUCUUUCUCUGUCCAUCCUCGAAAUAUCAUUUUAACUAUGACUGCUAUCGCCAGUCCUCGAUUCCAUCUCUUAAAUGGUUCCUCUCUGAAGCCAGUGGACCAAUUUAUUGUGAGCAGUAGCCCCAGAAAUUUAGCUCUUAUUCCCAUUCAUAUGAGGAAGGCAAAACUUUCAGCUUAUAGAAGGCCACUUACAAUUCAGGCAGCAUAUAGUGAUGGUGGAAAACCAAACAGUGCAAGUAUCUUUAUUGGUGGAUUUGUACUGGGAGGCAUAGUGGUUGGGACACUAGGCUGCGUAUAUGCACCUCAGAUCAGCAAGGCAUUAGCUGGGGCUGACAGAAAAGAUUUGAUGAGGAAACUGCCGAAAUUUAUAUAUGAUGAAGAAAAAGCUUUGGAGAAAACAAGGAAGAUAUUAACAGAGAAGAUUGCACAGCUGAAAUCAGCCAUUGAUGAUGUUUCAUCUCAGCUCGAUCCGUGCAGAAGAUGAAAUUGAAGCGACUAUUUGAGAGCCUUCCAUUUACUUCACACAAGAGUUUUCAGACACAUUUUGAAUAUUAUCUCAGAUGGAAGGCAACCUUUGGUGCGAGUUAAUCACUAUUUUUUUUUUUUACUGUGUUCUUAAAUGCUUAUGUUCAUU